CAGGUUAUUCCAUUGUUCUAUAAUGUUGAUCCUUCAGAUGUCCGGAAACAAACUGGUAGUUUUGCACAAACAUUUCACAAACUGUGAAGGUAAACAUGAGCGGUGGAGAAAUGCUCUCACUCAAGCUGCAGAUUUGUGUGGUGAAGAUCUUAAAAAUGCUGACAAUGGGCAUGAAGCAAAGUGUAUCAAGAAAAUUCUUGGGGAGGUUAAUAAGCAGUUGUACAGAAAAUACCAAUUAGACAUCGAACACCUUGUUGGAAUUACUUCUCGGCUGAACGAUGUUGUUCGCAUGAUUGAUAUUUUGGGGAUGGGCGGCAUUGGAAAAGCAACGCUUGCCAAAACCAUUUAUAACAAAUUUGAACGUAUCUUUGAAGGUAGGAGUUUCCUUGCAGACGUGAGGGAAGUAUUUGCAAACCAUCGCAGUAAUGGUCUGGUUGGUUUGCAAGAACAACUUCUAAAUGAUAUCUUGAAAAGCAAGGGCAUAGAGGUUGGUUCUGUUGAUGAAGGGGUCGAUAUGAUAAGAAGAAGACUUUGCUGUAAAAGAGCACUUGUCAUAAUUGACGAUGCAGAUGAUCUAGAGCAACUAAAAGCAAUAGCUAGAGCUCGCGAUUGGUUUGGUCCUGGAAGUAGAAUUGUUAUAACAACAAGAAAUAAACAUUUGCUAGAGCAAGUUCGAGUGGAUAGCACAUACAUGGCUCAAGAAAUGGAUGAGGAAGAAGCUCUAGAGCUCUUUAGUAGGCAUGCCUUUGAAAGUGGUUAUCCUAAUCAAGAAUAUCUUGACCUCUCAAAACGUGUAAUUCGUUACUGUCAAGGAUUGCCUCUGGCACUUCGAGUAGUGGGGUCUUUUCUGAUUAAAAGAUCCAUAGCGGAGUGGGAAAGCCAUUUGGAGAAAUUGCAAAGAAAUUCUGAUGGAGAUAUUCAAAAAAUACUCAGAAUAAGCUUUGAUAGGCUACCUGAUCUUACAACGAGAAAGAUAUUCCUUGAUAUAUCUUGUUUCUUUAUUGGAAUGGACGGGGACUGUGUCACACAAAUAUUAGAUGGAUGUGGCUUUUCUGCAACGAUAGGAAUCAGUGUCCUCAUUGAACGGUGCCUUGUAACUGUUAGUGAGCGAAAGGAGCUGAUGAUGCAUGAUUUGCUUCGGGACAUGGGAAAAGAGAUCAUUUUUGAAAAUGCCCACGGUCACCCUGAAAAAUUUAGUAGAUUGUGGAAACGUGAAGACGUAACAUAUGUAAUGACCGAUGAAUCUGUAAGUACUUUCCAAAUACAGUUUUAG